UCACCGGGACGUUGUUACACGCCCACCGAGCGCGCGCGUCUGUCAGUUCGCGACAGGAAGCGACAGAAGACAACACAAAUAAAUAAACAGAACAGAGAAAGAAGCGCGUCGGUAAAUUCUCUAAAAACAACAACUAGACGUGUUUAAAAGCGAGGUGUGAGAGCAGAGCUGUGUAUCGGUCAUGUCCGGGUUCAUGUCGGAGGGUUUCGGGACGUUCACACACGCCGUGGUGCGCGCGAUGCCCGCGUCUUAUGCCGAGAGCGCGCUCCGGAGUGGCGCGGGGCAGGUGGACGCGGUGCGCGCGCAGCAGGAGCACGACUAUUACGUCGACGUGCUGCAGAACCGACUCGGUUUGGAGGUGCUCGAGCUUCCCGCCGACGAGAAUCUGCCGGACUGCGUGUUCGUGGAGGACGCGGCGGUGGUGUGUGGAGACACCGCCCUGGUCACUAGACCCGGAGCUGAGAGCCGCCGCGGAGAGACCAAGGCCAUGAAGAAUGCCUUGAUGAAGCUUGGCCUGAACAUUGUGGAGAUGACCGAUGAAUCGGCCACGCUGGAUGGAGGAGACGUUCUUUUUACAGGUCAAGAGUUCUUCGUGGGCUUGUCAAAAAGAACCAAUCAGCGAGGGGCAGAGAUCCUAGCAGAUACCUUUAAGGACUACGCCGUGUCCACCGUUCCAGUAAAGGGCGGCCUGCACCUGAAGAGCUUCUGCAGUAUGGCAGGUCCAGGACUUAUUGCUAUUGGUUCCAGUGAAUCAGCCCAGAAAGCCUUAAAGACGAUGCAGCAGAUGAGCGAUCAUAAAUACGAUAAGCUUACGCUUCCUGAUGAUGCUGCUGCUAACUGUGUGUACAUGAAUCUACCCAGUAAAGGACACGUCCUGCUGCACUGCACACCGGAGGAGUACCCUGAGAGUGCUAAGGUGUUUGAGAAGCUGAAGGAGCACAUGCUCAUCCCGGUUCCCAACGGGGAGGGAGCGAAGGUGGACGGAGCGCUCACCUGCUGCUCGGUUCUCAUUAAUAAACCCGCCAAGGUCUAAGGGGCUGUACCUGGUGCACAGCCUCCACCCUGCACCCUCCACCCAUGCCUUUAAAACAGGAUGUCUGGAUGCUUUGCUGUGUUAUUUGAUAAUGACGAUGAUGAUGAUGAUGAUUAUUAUUAUUGGAAGACCGGAGGCUAAUUCAGGGGCUAGUCUUAAAUUACACACAUUUAGUCCUCUAAAAAAAAGUCCAGAUGCUUUAGUUAACAGUUCAGUGUUAAUUGUACUGAGCUUCUCACCCCAGUUAUUAAAGAUGACAACCAACACUGACAACCAACAUUGUGAUCCAACACCACCUCCAAGUAACACUGACAACCAACACCACAAAUAAACACUGACAACCAACAACACCAGUUAACACUGACAACGAACAUUGUGAACCAACACCACCUCCAAGUAACACUGUCAACCAACACCACAAAUAAACACUGACAACUAACACCACCAGUUAACACUGACAACUAACACCACCAGUUAACACUGACAACCAUCAUUGUGAACCAACACCACAAAUGAACACUGACAACCACAAACACCAGUUAACACUGACAACGAACAUUGUGAACCAACACCACCUCCAAGUAACACUGUCAACCAACACUGACAACCAACACCAGUUAACACUGCCAACCAACACCACCAACUAACACUGCCAAAGAACACCUCAACCAUGACCACCAGCCAACACCGUCAACCAACACCAAUAAUCAACAACACUAUAACAAUUCCAAGUAACACAGCCAACCAAAAGCACUAAGUAAGACUGACAACCAACACCACCAACCAACACCACCAAUCAAUACUCAGGAAAAGGAAAAUCUGCACAUCAGUGAGUUUUACAACAAGGCUUUUAUCACAUCUGGGGACACAUGUGAUAAGAUGUAGUUUAUUUCUCUCUCCCUAAUAAGACGGUUAAUUGGCGAUACUGACCGCCGAUAUUCGCUGAAAUCUGGAACAAAACGGAAAUCGAAAGUGUGAACAGAACACAGCCUGGAUUUAGCCUCCUGUCCUCCAGCACUGUGACUCAACACUAUCCUGUAGAUUAUUUCCUUCCUGAUGCGGUACGACCUCCACUGUGCUUCACCCUGAGAGUAGUGCAGCGAUUAGAGAGAACUGAGCAGAACAGACAGUCAGAUUUCAUCUCUCCGCAGUUUAGUGUCUUUGUUCUAGUGAUGGAAAUGUGUCAGAGCCGACAGACCGGACCUGAACCUGACAGACCGGACCUUAGAAAGCCUUACAGAGAUUAUCUCAGCCUCAUGUGUUUGUGUGUGUGUGUGUGAAGGGGUGCGUAGGUACAAACCCAAACCUCUGAUUGUUUACAAUCUUUUCUACAAGCCACUAAAAGACCCUGUCACUGUUUCUGCUGUUUUAUACAAUCAAUAAAGUCAACGAUGUUCAAUAGCCACAAAACAUCCAGGAGACCAAAUAAAGAGCUCUUACAAUGA